CAAUUUCGGAACUGGUUUAUCGUAAUAUGCUUUUUGAAUGAACUGUACAUAAUUAUUCUAUUAGUACCACGAGGAGGUUUGUUUGGUUCUCAGCGGUGAAUAGUGGUUUUUAAAACCGGUGAACGCCCAGUCAUCAUUUUUCCUCAGGCAGGGUCUGCAGCUCGUAAGAUUCGUUUUUCACAAUGUCAACUGCAGGAAAGGUGAUAUCGUGCCGGGCGGCCGUCGCCUGGCGGGAGAAGCAGCCCCUGUCGCUGGAGACGGUGGAGGUGGCGCCCCCGAGGGCAGGCGAGGUGCGCGUGAAGAUCCUGUCGACGGGCGUGUGCCACACAGACGCCUACACGCUUGACGGCCUGGACCCCGAGGGGGUGUUCCCCGUGGUGCUGGGCCACGAGGGGGGCGGGGUGGUGGAGAGCGUCGGCGAGGGAGUCACCUCCGUGCAGCCGGGUGACCACGUGAUCCCGCUGUACGUGCCGCAGUGUGGGGACUGCAAGUUCUGCAAGUCGCCCAAGACCAACCUCUGCAGCAAGAUCCGUGCCACGCAGGGGAAGGGACUGAUGCCCGACGGGACGACCAGGUUCACGUGCAAGGGCAAGCCGCUGUUCCACUUCAUGGGCUGCUCCACCUUCAGCGAGUACACCGUCGUGGCCGAGAUCUCCGUUACCAAGGUGGACCAGAGCGCGCCCCUGGACAAGGUGUGUCUGCUGGGCUGUGGCGUGCCCACCGGCUACGGCGCGGCCCUCAACACGGCCGGGGUGGAGCCGGGCUCCAACUGCGCCAUCUGGGGGCUGGGGGCCGUGGGACUGGCCGUCGCCAUGGGCUGCCGGGCUGCCGGCGCCAAGCGCAUCAUCGGCGUCGACCUCAACCCCGCCAAGUUCGAGAUAGCGAGGAAGUUCGGCUGCAACGAGUUUGUGAACCCGCUGGACCACGACAAGCCGGUCCAGGAGGUGCUGGUGGACCUGACGGACGGCGGGCUGGACUACACGUUCGAGUGCGUGGGCAACGUGAAGACGAUGCGCGCGGCGCUGGAGGCGUGCCACAAGGGCUGGGGCGUGUCGGUGAUCGUGGGCGUGGCGGGCGCCGGCCAGGAGAUCAGCACGCGCCCCUUCCAGCUGGUCACCGGCCGCACCUGGAAGGGCACUGCCUUCGGAGGCUGGAAGAGCAGGGAGAGCGUGCCCAAGCUGGUGCAGGAGUACCUGCACAAGAAGCUGAUGCUGGACGAGUUCGUGACGCACAGCCUGCCCUUCGAGAAGCUCAACGAGGCCUUCGAGCUGCUGCACGCCGGCAAGAGUAUUCGUGCAGUCGUCAACUUCUGAGCCACGGUGACAAGACGGUGCGACAGUUGAGUGUGUGGGGCUACGGGCAGCAUGAGAUGCUACAGAAGUGCUCUUCUUCCAUGCUUUGUAUUUAGUACUGGCAGUGCAUGUGCCCAUGCAAGAAUGGAUGCAUGAGAUAAAUAAACAUUAAUUUCAUUAUUA